GUCACGGCCGGCCGCCGGCGGGUAUAAAAUUUCAAGCGGGCUUUAGAAAGCGAAGUCAAAAGAAACCGAGUGACAGAAACCUAGCAGCAAACCCUCGUCGUAGAAAAUGGUCAGGCUCACCUUCUAUCCGGUGUCUGCGGAGAAAGAUGGCAAAGAGGAUGAUGGUUGCGUCGACAUACCGGACCUCGCAGAGCAGGAAGAGCAAAAGAUUGACGGCUUCAAGUCCAAUGCCUUUGCGUUGCGGCACUUCUGCGCUGUGGUCGUUGUACUGAUCGUCAUGGUCGGAGUGGCGCUGGGAUCCAUCUUGGCCUACCGUUUCUACUUUCUCUCUAGGAUCCUGGACGGCGGGACCUUGUUCCACUGCAAUGUGAUUUACAGCGAUGGCUUGACCAGGGACAGAGUGGAGUUUUCUGAGGCAGUGCGCAUCUUACUAGAACAUCAUAGCCAGUUCAUCUCUGUGCCUGUCCCCAAUUUCGGAAAAGGCGACCCCGCCGACAUCGUCCACGACUUCAGAAUGAACCUGACUGCUUAUUGGGACAAAGAUUUGGACAAUUGCUACAUCUCCCAGCUGGACACAGCGCACGUGCCACCUCCUGAAAACCUUUUGGACCUAUUCAACAAAGUCGAUACCGGGAUGUAUUUCCCACAUAACUACAUGGUCAAAGAAGAGAUGGUUGUGACCUCGCGUGCAAAAAAGGUCCAGAGCCCCAUUAUCAAUGAGAUGUGCCACAACAAGGACACCUACUGGCUGGCUAAACGUGCAAACUCUGCUUCUCGUACGAAGCGCAGCAAAAAAGACUGCCACAUCAUACGCCACUUUGAGAACCCUUACCUUAUCGAAACCAGCAUCUGCAAUGAGGAUUAAGUCCACCGACCAACUGUUUCGAGUUUUCGUCAAGAAUUCUCACCUCGAACUUCUGCACUUAAUUUUCAUUUUUCAUUUUUUCCCCCCCAUCUCGAGUGAUUGUUUUUACUAGUGUGCAUGUGUAUCAAUGUGGUGGAGGAGUGGUUAGCACAUCUUCCAUGUAUUGGAGUUGACAUGUUCUCACUGUGGGUUUUCCCCGGGUACUCCGGUUUCCUCCCAUACUACAAAAACAUGUUAAAAAGUGUGAAUGGUUUUGUGACUUGUGACUGGCUGCCAACAAGUAACCCAGCCUCUGGCUCAGUCAGCUGGGAAAGGCAACCCAAGUGAGAAUGGCAAAUUUUAAACAAAGAAUAGCUAAUUUUACUAAACAAUUUACUUAGAAUGUGCAGCUUCAGUUGCAGGCUUUUUAUGAUUUGAAUGUUUGAAAAAAAUACCUCAUGUAGUUUAGAAGUGAGUCAAAUAGUAAAGGACUUUUGAUUGUUACAAAGCAAUAUAUGAAUUUACAUAUGCGCUGCGUGGUAUCAUGAUUUCGUACAUUUGUAGUUUACAAACGGCUUCGGACUGUAAAUAGAGCGACAGAACUAAGUUAUUGACCGUGUGAAUAUUAAGAUUACUUGACUGUAGAUAAUUGAAAUCACUGAUCUUCCCAUUGUGGUGAUUGUCAACUUUAGAAAAUCAUUAAUUUGGGUUAUCAGUCUCAGUUGACGUGAUACAUGUGAGUAUUAUCUAUUGAAGUGUCUUGCUGCUUUAAUAAACUAUUCAUCACUUUG